AUGCACAUGGUCAUGAAACACUUCGCAGGUACUGUAAAAGCGCUGACACGGACGGCUGGGGUACUCCGUACUCAUGAUGGAACGGCUUUCGUCUUUGCCAAGUACUCCGUAAACGUUGCACAGGGUCGUUUCUUUUUCCAUGCCACUGGUGCCUCGGAGAGGAGAAGGACUAUGCAAAAGCAAAACUACAGACCAGGCGACGAGUCGAGAUGCGCGACACACAACAUGUGGCUGCAUGCCCAAGUUUUAAAGCCAACCAUUAUUGAUGGAUAG